GGAAAUUUUGGCAUCUAAGGUUGAGGGGAAGUACCUGUGCUUCGAGUGUCAUGGGAUCCUGAGGAAACCCUUCCAGGCACAAUGUGGUCACCGCUACUGUGCCUCCUGUCUAAACGGGAUUGUCAGAUUCCAGCAUAUGCUGACUCUCCUGUCUCCGCUUGAGAGAAACCUACAUGGUCACAGGAUGAAGGUGUAACUGCCGCUGAGAAAGCACUUGGACAGACCAGGUUUGAACCCAGGACCCUGAAAUUGUGCAGCAUUAACUGUGCCACUAAUGAUUUCUUAAUUAAGGCAGCCGGGCCAGAUAACAUCCCAGGCCAAGUAAUCGGAGUGUGCACACCAGCUCAUUGAUAUCUUCAUGACCAUCUUCAACACUUCACUCGUCCAGGCUGCUGUCUCCACAUGCUUCAUACAGGCACCAUCAUCCCUAUACCAAAGAACUCUACAACUUCAGAACUAAGUGACUACCGCCCAGUGGCAUUAACACUAAUCUUCGUAAGGUGUUUUGAAUGGCUGGUAAUAUUAGAAACACUAUUCCUUUCACCAGUAUGCUUAUGGACAGAAAUGCACGGACAGAUAACAUAGCAUGUGCCGUGUACCUGGCCCUGAAACACCCAGAAAACAAGGACACUUGCAUCAGAAUGCUGUUUCUGGUUUUUAGUUCAACAUUCACACUACUGUCCCACAGAUCUUGGUGAACAAACUCCUGCUGCUUGGAUUAAAUACACCACUGCGCAACUGGGUGUUGGACUUCCUAGCCAAUAGACCUCAGAUAGCCAGGAUGCACACUGCUCCUCCCUGCACAUCAUCCUCAACACUGGUGUGUCCAGGGCUGCGCCCAUUGCUGUACACUUAGCUAAUGCAAGACUGCACAGUCAUAAACACCCAAGUAUCACAUUGUCAAGUUCGCCAAUGACAUAGCAGUGGUGGGGCUCUUUGUCACAGCAAUGAGGCAGCCUGUAGAGAGACGGUGGAAGAGCUCAAGGCCUGGAGCCAGGCAAAUAACCUCUUCCUCAGCGUUGACAAGGCAAAGAUGUUUAUCAACUUCAGGAGAAUUCACACUGCUCUUUGUAUCAGCGGCACAGGAGUGGAAAUUGCAAGCAGUUCCAAACUCCUGGGAGUGCAUAUUUUGAUUGGCCUCUUAUGGUCCCAGAGCACACUCUACACAAUCAGGAAAGCUCACCAAUGCGCUACUUUCUGACGAGGCUGAAGAGAGCUGGACUAUGCACAUCUAUACUCACAUCAUUCUAUAGAUUUGCAGUAGAGAGCAUCCUAACAAGCUGCAUCACUGUGUGGUACAGAAACGGUAGAUAGGAAGGCUCUACAAUGAGUAGUCAAAAUUGCCCAAUGCAUCACUGGCAUCAGCCUACCUGCCAUCAAGUGCAUGUAUACAGAAAGGUGCUGGAAAAGGGCCAGUAAUAUCAUGAAGGAUCCCACAACCCUGCUCAUGGACUGCUUGUCCCACUCCCAUUAAGGCUAUGUAGCAUCCACAGCAGGACCACUAGACUCAUACACACUUACCUUCCCCUAGCAGUAAGACUGAUCAACACUUCCACCCCCAACCCAUGUCUCUGCCUCCCCAGCCACCAUUUGCUGUCAGUCACCUUAUAUACAAACACUCCUGUGCCUAGCAUCAGUUAUGUACAUGCAAUCAAUGUGUAUAUAAGCUGUCCUAUGUAUUUAUAUUUAUUGUUUUUAAAAAUUAUUGUUGUGUUCUUUAUCUUUUUUUGUGUUGCAUCAGAGGAUCUGGAGUAACAAAUUAUUUUGUCUCUUUUACACGUGUGUACUGGAAAUGACAUUAAACAAUCUUGAAGCUUGAAGCUUUUGGCUGGUUAAGGAAUUGCUUAGGAGGCACGGUUUGAGUAAUGAUAUCUUCCAAAGAUCUGUACUGGACUGCAGCUCUUUAACUAUAUUUAUAAAUGAUAUGGAUAGAGAAUUUGGUGACAGCACAUCAUAGCAUGCAGAGUUGAAAGGAGUAAAAAUUAACAAAUAGAUGCUGAUAGAUAAAGUGAGUGGCUGAAACUUGGAAAAUCAAUUUCCAUGUCAUAACUAUGAAGUUUGAACCCAGGACCAGUGAGAUUUUUUUAAACACGAGAAAAUCUGCAGAUGCUGGAAAUCCAAAGCAAUGCACACAAAAUGCUGGAGGAACUCAGCAGGCCAGGCAGCAUCUGUGGGGGGGGAAAAAGCACAAUCGAUGUUUUGGGCCAAGACCCUUCAUCAGGACUGAUGUUCCUGGCCUGCUGCGUUCCUCCAGCAUUUUGUGUGUGUUGAAAUGGGAUUUUUUGUUUAUGAACAAAGAAAUCGGAUGAAGGUGCCAGCUACAAAAAUGUUUAAAGUCGAGUGGACAGUACAAACAUGUGUAGAAUAGUAGAGUAAUACAACAUGAAAACAGGUCCUUUGGCCUGACUGGAUCAUGCUGACUACAGUAUCCUUCUUGCUCAUCCCAGUUGCUCUGCAUUCGUCCUGUAAACCCAUCCAAAUGCCUGUUAAGUGUUGCAAUUAUACCCGCCUUGACCACGUCCCCUGAGAUUCACUUUCUUGCGGGCGUUCACAGUAAAUAGAAAAAGAAUAAAAUCAAUAAAAAAGCACGCAGCAAACGUGGGCAAACAAACGAUGUGCAAAGGCAACAAACUGUGUAAAUACAAAAAGAGAAAAAGUCAUAAAUAAAUACAUAAGCAAUAAAUAUCGAGAACACCAGUCGUAGAGUCGUUAAAAGUGAGUCCAUAGGUUGUACAGUUUUGUGUUGAGUAUAGUUAUCUCCUCCGGCUCAAGAGCCUGAGGGAUAAUAACUGUUCCUGAAGCUGGUGGUAACCUGGGGACUUGAGGCUCACGUAGCUUCUUCCUGAUGGCAGCAGCACGAAGAGCAUGGCCUGGAUGGUGGGGGUCCCUGAUGAUGGAUGCUGCUUUCCUGCAAUAGCACUUCUUGUAAGUGUGCUCAGUGGUGGGGAGAGCUUUAUCUAUGAUGGACUGGGCUGUAUCCACCACUGUUUGUUGGCUUUUCUAUUCAAGGGCAUUGGUGUUCCCAUGUCAGGCCAUGAUGCAACCAGUCAGUAUACUCUCAACUGUACACCUACAGUAGUUUGUCAGUUUUUUAGACGACAUGCUGAAUCUGUGUAAACUUCUCAGAAAGUAGAGGCACUGCUGUGCUUUCUUUGCAAUGGCACUUGCGUGCUGAACCCAGGACAGAGCCCCCGAAAUGCUCUGAUCCCCUGAUAAGGAUUGACCUCUGUCGUCCUCCUGAAGGCAAUAACCUAUCCCUCAACAUCAGCAAGACGAAGGAAUUGGUUAUUGACUUCAGAAGGAAUAGCGGACCGCACGACCCAAUUUACAUCGGUGGUGCGCAAGUGGAACAGGUCAAAAGCUUUAAGUUCCUCAGGGUCAAUAUCACAAGUGACCUGACUUGGUCCAACCAAGCAGAGUUCACUGCCAAGAAGGCCCACCAGUGCCUUUACUUCCUGAGAAAACUAAAUAAAUUUGGCCUGUCCCCUAAAACCCUCACUAAUUUUUAUAGAUGCACCGUAGAAAGCAUUCUUCUAGGGUGCAUCACAACCUGGUAUGGAAGUUGUCCUGUCCAAGACCGGAAGAAGCUGCAGAAGAUCGUGAACACAGCGCAGCACAUCACACAAACCAAUCUUCCGUCCGUGGACUCACUUUACACGGCACGCUGUCGAAGCCGUGCUGCCAGGAUAAUCAAGGACACAACCCACCCAGCCAACCAGCCUCCGGGAGAAGGCUCAGGAGCUUGAAGACUCGUAUGGCCAGAUUUGGGAAUGGCUUCUUUCCAACUGUGAUAAGACUGCUGAACAGAUCCUGACCCGGAUCUGGGCCAUGCCCUCCAAAUAUCCGGACCUGCCUCUUGGUUUUUUUACACUACCUUACUUACCAUUUUUCUAUUUUCUAUUUAUGAUUUAUAAUUUAAAUUUUUAAUAGUUACAAAUUUUUACUAUUUCUAAUAUUUAAUAUUUGUAACCCAGGGAGUGGGAAGCGCAGAAUCAAAUAUUGCUGUGAUGAUUGUACAUUCUAGUACCAACUGUUUGGUGACAAUAAAGUUAUAAAGUAUAACCAGCUCCUUGAUCUUGCUGACAUUGAGUAAGAGGUUGUUGUGGCACCACUCAGUCAGAUCUUCAAUGUCCCUCCUAUAUGCUGAUUCAUCACCACCUUUGAUUCAGCUAAUGACAGUGGUGUCAUCAGCAAAUUUAAUUAUGGCAUUGGAGCUAUGUUUAGCCAUAAAGUCAUGGGUGUUAAGCCAGUAGAGCAGGGGGCUAACCAUACAGCCUCUUGGUGCGCCUGUGCUGAUGGUGAUUGUGGAGGAGACGUGGCCAAUCCAAACUGACUGGGGUCUGCAAGUGAGGAAGUCGAGGAUCCAGUUGCACAAGGAGGUAUUGAUGCCUAAGUCUUGGAGCUUGUUGAUUAGUCUUGAAGGGAUGACAGUAUCGAUGGUGUGGUCAACCUCUCCCUAUAACUCCGAAACUCCAGUUCAAAGGUUCAUUUAUUAUUAAAGAAUACAACUCUGAGAUUAUUCUUCUCCUGAUAGCCAUGAAACUGAGAAAAAAACCAGCAACACAAUCAUCAAACCCCAAACUCCCCUCCCUGCACAAAAUGCAACAAGAGCAUCGGCCCUGAAAUACCCCUCUCCCUGCACAAAUUUUUGGAAGUCAAGAACUGUACAGUCAAAAUUGGCUAUAGGCAGGAGGUCAAUUGCAGAAAACUGAAUAAUGGUACAGGCUUCUUAUCUUAUGUCCAACCUUUGUUCCAUUGAGUUGUCAAUCCCAGAUUUCAAGUUUCGAUCUUUUGUUUACUUCAUUGCCUCGCCUUGACCCAGACCUUUUUUUCCACCUGCUCCAAGCCUGGUAUACCAUGGGUAAGCCUUUGGGCAAACUGUCCUGACUCCAUAGCAGAAGUUGAUGGCAAGGCUUGUUACUUUAGUUUUGUGUACAAACUGGAGUGGGAUAUUCAGCUUCUCAACAGUUCUGUAUUCUCACUCUGAGCAUCAACAUGCCCCCUCUCUGACUCUUUGGUAUUAGAGAUAGGAGACAAAAAAAAUCUGUUGGGGUCAUCUAUUGUAUCUGUGCUCCCAAUGCAGCCUCCUCUAUGUUGAUGAGACCUGAAGUAAGUUGGGGGACUGCUUUGCAGAGCACUGCCAAAAGCGGGAUAUUCUGAUGGCCAACCAUCUUAAUUCCUAUCCCCAUUCCCGUUCUGACAUGUCAGUCCAUGUCUUUUUCCACAAUGAGGCCACUCUUAGGGUGGAGGAGCACACCUAUGUUCUGUCUAAGUGGUCUACGACCUGAUGGCAUGAAUAUAGAUUUCUCCUUCCUGUAAUGUUUUUUGCCCUUCCCCUUCCCUCUUCUAUUCCCCACUCUGGCCUCUUACCUUUUUUCACCUGCCUAUCACCUCCCCCUUUUUUCCAUGGUCCACUCUCCUGUCCUAUCAGAUUCCUUCUUCUUCAGCUCUUUACCUUUCCCUCCCACCUGGCUUUGCCUAUCACCUUCUAGCUAGUCUUACUUCCCCUUUCUCAAUCUUUUUAUUCUAGUGGCCUCCCCCUUCCUUUCCAGUCCGAAAGCAGAGUCCCGCCUGAAGCGUGUGCUAUUUACUCAUUCCCAUACGGGCUGCCUGACUUGCUGAGUUCCAACAGCCUUUUGUGUGUGUUACUCUGGAUUUCCAGCAUCUGUAGAAUCUCGUGUUUCUAUUUUUGUUGUUUUAUGAGGUUACACAGGAUUAAGACUGCAGCUCAGAAUGAGAGGGGGAUUAAGACAGGGCCUUGGCCCACAGAAGUGUGCAGCCUGCAUUGAAGAGAACAUUUAUGAAGACCAGCUGUCUCUUCUGGAUGCUAAUUCAGCUUUCCCAGACAAUGCAGCGCGCAGGGAGUUGGACAACCUGCCUGCAGUUUGUAGCAAUGAAGGUUGCCUGUGGAAGGGUACCAUCAAGGAAUAUGAGGCUGACCACGAGGAAAGGUGUGAGUAUGUCCUGGUCCCUUGUGAAGCGUGCAGCAAGAAGGUGCGCCGGGUUGAUUUAUCUCGGCAUUUGGAGCGAGAAUGUCCAGAAAGAAACCUCAACUGCAAAUUCUGCAAAACAACGUUCCACCACAAGGAUAUAAAGGCUCAUGAUGAAAUCUGUUCCAAGUACCCAUUAAUGUGUGAGUGGUGUGGGAAAAAAAAGAUUCCACGAGAAAAGUACGCCGAUCACAUUCGAUCAUGUGGGAAGGUGAAACUGCUUUGUCACUUCAACCAGAUUGGCUGUGAAAUGGCAGUUGAGAAGGAGAAAUUAGCUGAGCACGAGAGUCUGUUUAUGGUGGAGCACCUCCGCUUGAUGCUGCAGCAUGUUAUGGGAAUAAAGAGCACGAUAGAAAGCCUGCAACCUCAAAGCCUGCAGCAGGGAAGCAUUAAAGUGAACCAACUGCUGACUUCCAUUCGACAAAUUGAGGAAUCUAUUAGGCCGUUCUGCUCUCUCCCUCUCGAUCAGCAGGGAGUGACCUCUCCUGAGGUCUUGAGGAAGCUUUGUGCACCUGAAAAGCUAGCAGAUAUACAAAAGCAAUGUGACGCUCUUAAACACAAAGCUGAAACGUUUGAAAAUAUUGUCUGUGUUCUCAACCGGGAAGUGGAGAGAGCCUCUGUGAGCAUGGGAGCUUAUGAGCAGCAGCACAAACUAGACCAGGAAAAGAUUGAAGACCUGCAGACAAAGGUGCGUCAGAUGGAGCGUGUGGCUGCGCUGAAAGACCUGGCCAUAGCAGAGUUGGAACUAAAGCUGCAGGCACUUGAGUUCAGCACCUACAAUGGAAUUUUCAUUUGGAAAAUUUCAGAUUUCAGCAGAAGACGGCAGGAUGCGAAAUCCCAGAGGUCACCAGCCAUAUUCUCUCCAGCUUUCUACACCAGUAAGUACGGGUACAAGAUGUGUAUGCGUAUCUAUCUGAAUGGUGACGGCGUGGGUCGUGGCUCCCAUUUGUCCCUCUUCUUCGUCAUAAUGAAAGGAAACUAUGAUGGAUUGCUCAGAUGGCCGUUCAAGCAAAAGGUGACUCUCAUGUUGCUGGACCAGACCAACCGUGAACACAUUAUUGAUGCAUUCCGACCGGAUGUCAGUUCCUCCUCCUUCCAGAGACCUGUCAGUGAGAUGAACAUUGCCAGUGGCUGCCCUCUGUUCUGUCCACUUAACAAACUGGACAGCAAGAAUAAUUACUUUCGUGACGACAGCAUUUUCAUCAAAGUUAUUGUGGACUUAACUGACCUGUAAUGAACCAUUAUCUAUAGCAGAAUCUAUGGUUUAAAGCUAUCAGCAUCCAGAUCCUUGCUAUUCCGUGUGAGGAAGGGAGAUAAUCCAGUCAGCAAGAGUACCGCAAGUGCAGGCCCACUGGUCCCACUAACCGAUCAGAUCGGUGAGCUGGGCUGAGAGCUGAUCAGCAAGAUGCCCAUUGAAGUCCUCAGCGUCCUGUUCCAAUCUACCUGCAAUCAGUGGAUGAUGCUGCUUGUUACUAAACGCAGAGCAGUGGUAGGAGGAACAGCUGGCUGGUCCUUCCUCACAGGCCAAUUAUGUAUACAAACCAUGCAUUAACAAUGAGGUAUAGUGGAUGUACCCUUUGUAUCUUCCCAUUUUUCCCUUUUCUCCCUUUGAGAGCUGGAACUAGUGUACUUCAGGAUGAACUGUGAAUGGAGGUCUGGGUUGCUGGAAUCAGCUGAGUUAAUGGAGGCACCAUGAGGAGAGGAACUAUGGUUGCUGUCUCCCUAUUUCCACUGCUUUAAAAACGCAGUGAGCUAUGCAUUACUCUGGGGGAUGGGUGGCGGGGGGCAUUGAUCUUAUGAUGAUAGCCUCCCCUCCUUAGCCAUGUCAUCAUGUCAGAUGCACGCUGUGCUGCUUCCAUUCAGGAAUAGAACGAGGUGUGUGAUGUGCACAAUGGCUCAGUGACAGCAACCUGCUCCACCAAGCCGAUCACUAUUGCAAGCUGCUUCAAGUUCCUCUUGCUACGGACUGGUUGCUUUCUGAAGAAGGGAAUAUGGAAAGAUGAAGUUCCUUGCCAUUCGCACUUGGCAUAGAUGGACCUUGUGCUGGGAAUCAAAAGCUUGAAUCAGCAAUGUUUGAGGGUUUUUGAAAGAUUAUAUUAUAGAGUGCAGGAAAAUUAAAACUGCAGAUGCUGGAAAUCAAACAUGAACAGGAAAUAUUGGAAAAAGCUCAGCAGGUCAGCAAAGUCUGGGAAGAGAAACUGUUCAUCUGAGUUUCAUCAAAAUUCUCUACUUUUGUUUGUGAAAUGUUUUGGUCAUAUUUAUUUACUCUUAAUAUAAUAGAUUAUAAUCCAUUAUUUUAUAUACAAUAUAUAAUUUUUAGUUUUGCAUUAGCCAGUUGUUACAAAAAGUGGAAACGUGCAGGCCUUGAAGUAGUUGAAAUUAGUGGACUUGGGACUUUUUUUUUCCCCCUGUGCCCACCUUCUGUUUAACACCCCUGGGUAGCUCAGGGUUAUAGCAGGGAGGAAUUUCAACAGAAUAACACUGCAGUGAGUUCAAGUGAGUGAGUUUGGCAAUGCCUAGGAUUGAAAGGAAGGUUUUAGAUGAGGUGUUUUGGCUUCUCAUUAAUCCGGCCUGUACUUGUGGAAAACGUUAUUCUUACUGUUAAUCUCCAUCAGUGAAGCUAUUAGCUAUUGUCUUGUGGAUGUAUACAGUAGUGGUGAGACAUGCAAAAAAAAGCCAAUCAAUAUAACAAAUUAUCUAUGGACAUAAAUCACAAUUCGGAGAUACUCUUGGUUGUGAGGUACGGUGGUUUUCCCAUCCACUUUAUACUGAACAGAACAUAUUAAGACUGUUUCACAAAAAAGAGUGACUACUUUGACAAAGCUUCAUAGGUCAGCAACUUCCACUGGUUCGCCUAUUAAGAGGAUUGAUGUAUUGGGAAGGAUCUAUAAAUAAAUGAGGCUGAUUUCCCUAAGGAUAGGGCUUCCUAGUGGUCUGGGUAAUGUUUAUAAUCAAUUCUGUGAAGGGGAGGCGUGGUGUGAGUGACUUCAUAUAAAUGGGCACACUUGUAGCCAAGGACAGGUAGUUGUGACAUUGACGGGUUUCUGAUUUGACAUAAUAUUCAUUGAUGCUGUUUGGGGACCAGCUCCUUACACUGUGGGUGGUACCAUGUUUCCUGGCCUUGGCACUAUUCUUUUAUGACUCAGAUUCAUUGGCUAUGCUGCCAGGCAUUAGAGUAUUUCAAAUGCUUGGGUUUUACUGGGAAUUGGUUGAAGGAUGAGAAGACUCUCAGCACGGUGGAAGUUUGUGAAAAACUUUGCGCCUUUUUGCUGAUAGUUACUGAAAUGGUUAGAAUGGAGGGCAGAACAAUAUUUCAUAAAAUAUAAACAGAAAAUGCUGCAAGCACUUAGCAAAUCAGGCAGCAUGGAAUCCUGACCUACUGAGAACCUCCAACAUUUUCUCUUUUUUUGUGUAUUUCCAGUACCUGCAGUAUUUUGCUGUUCAAUACUUUUAGGUGACUUUUGUGCUCUGGGAUCUCCUUAGUGUGUGGCCGCUUCACCCAUAGAGUCUUGUAUAAAAACACUGGAGGAAGGACAAUAUCUCUGUAGAAAUAGAGCAGUGGUGAAUGGAAUUGAGCAGCAAGAGAAGAGUUUAGCAGACCUCCGUGAAGGAGUAAUAUGGCUGAUGUAACUUUACUGCUCAGGAGGAGGCAGCUGACUGGAUGGAAAGGCAGGGCUGUAUCACAGUAAUUGCUGUUAGACCAUGAAAAUGAAAAAUAUAAAUAAAGCAUUGUAAUUACACAUCUGUUCUACAUUCAAUAAUGUGAAGUUGCUUUUCUGUAAAGAAACAGCCACAUUGGUGGCAGUCCUCCUCAUCUCUGUUCUAAAUGGAUGUUCCUUUAUUCUGAAGCUGUACCCUCUAAUCCACGAUUGGAAACAUCCUCUCCACACCCAUUCUAUUUAGGCCUUUCAUCAUUUGAUAGGUUUCAAUGAGAUCUCCCUUCAUGCUUCUAAACUCCAGUGAGUACAGGUCCAGAACCAUCAAACUUUUUUUUUAACAAAAUAGACUUUAUUCUUGCAAAUAGUUUUUAAUUAUUAAUAAACUGUUCACUGCCUUUUCAUUCUUUACAUUCACAGUCAAUGCUUGGUGUGCUGUUCUAUUGCAUUCAUACACAUCAAUAGCACUGCUGCUAUUCGUGGCACUCUGGGGUAGUAUACUGCUAUAACAAUAAUUAAGGGGCUUCCUCCCCAAACCUGGUCCUUCCCUCUCCCUCUUCCUGUCCUGUAGAAGAACCCUACACUGUGUCCCUCAGCACGCACAUCUAAAGCCUGGAAUGUGCCUGUCAGCAGCAUUCCUCCAUGGACAUCUCAAUACACUGGCAAACCAACAAGUUUUGGGCAGACCAAAGGGUGUCUUCCACCCAGUUAACCUGCCAGCAGCACAAGUUUCUUGUCUCUGUGUGCAUCCCUGGGAAAAGGCCAUAGGUCAGAAGAUCUGAAGAUCCUCUGUCACGCAGCUGCUCGGGAUGAACCAUGACAGGGGCCCUUUCAUCGUGCUCCACAUCCUCUUCACAAACCUAAAGUACUUUUAUUUAAAAAAAAAAGGGGUGAACUUCCCCACUUCAGUCUGACUUUAGCUCCUCUGAUUGGAAAAGAAUACUGGCAGGGAUGAUGGCAGAGCAGCAACAGCUGGAAUUUCUGGAAGCAAUUGGAAGGCACGGGAAAUAUACAGCCUAAAGAGGAAGAAGUAUUCUAAAGGAAAGGUGAUUCAACCACGGCUAACAAGAAUAGUCAAAGUCAAUAUUAAACCCAAAGAGAGGGCAUACAAUAGAGCAAAAAUUAGUGGGACGUUAGAGGAUUGGGAAGCUUUUAAAAACCAACAAGGCAACUAAAAAGCUGGCCAAUAAUAUUAAUGAGGAUACCAAAAGUUUCUUCAGAUACAUAGUGUAAAAAAGAGGCAAGAAUGGAUAUUGGACUGCUAGAAAUGAUGUUGGGGAGGUUGUAAUGGGGGACAAUGAAAUGGCAGACAAACUGAAUAAGUAUUUUGCAUCACUCUUCAUUGUGGAAGACUCUAGCAGUAUGGUGGAAGUUCCAGGUGCCGGGGGUCAUGAAGUGUGUGAAGUUACCAUUACUUGGGAGAAGGUUCUUAGGAAAUUAAAAGGUCUGAAGGUAGAUAAGUCACCCGGACCAGAUAGUGUACACCCCCGGGUUCUGAAAGGUGGCUGAAGAGAUCGUGGCAGCAUUAGUAGUGAUCUUUCAAGAAUCACCAGGUUCUGGAAGACCGGAAAGUUGCAAAUGUCACUUCACUCUUCAAGAAGGGAGAGAGACAGAAGAAAGGAAACUAUGGGCCAGUUAGUCUGACCUCAGUGGUUGGGAAGAUGUUGGAGUCGAUUAUUAAGGAUGAGGUCUCAGCGUACUUAGAGACACAUGGUAAAAUAGGCUACAAGCCCAUGAUAUUGUAGGAAAGAUUCUAGUAUGUAUAAAGCAGUGGCUGAUUGACAGGAGGCAGAGCCAGAAUAAAGGGAGCCUUUUCUGGCUGGCUGCUGGUAACUAGUGGUAUUCCACAGGGGUCUGUGUUGGGACUGUUUCAUUUUAUGUUAUAUGUUAAUAAUUUGGAUGAUGGAAUUGAUGGCUUUGUUGUGAUGUUUGCAGAAGAUAUGAAGAUAGGUGGAGGAGCAGGUAGCUUUGAGGAAGUAGAAGGUUUACAAAAGGACUUAGAUUUGGAAAAUGGCAGGUGGAAUACAGUGUCGGGAAGUGUAUAGUCAUGCACUUUGGUAGAAGAAAUGAGAGGGUUGAUUACUUUCUAAAUGGAGAGAAAAUACAAAAAAAACAACAGAUGCAAAGGGACUUUGGAGUCCUUGUGCUGGAUUUCCUAAAGGUUAAUUUGCAGGUUGAGUCUGUGGUGAGGAAGAUAAAUGUAAUGUAGCAUUCAUUUCAAGAGGACUAUAGUAUAAAUGCAAGGAUGUAAUGUUAAGACUUUAUAAAGCACUGAUGAGGCCUCACUUGGGAGUAUUGUGAGCAAUUUUGGGCCCCUUAUUUUAGAAAGGAUGUGCUGAAACUGGAACACGUUCAAAUGAGAUUUACAAAAAUGAUUCCAGGCUUGAAUGGCUUGUCAUAGGAAGAGCAAUUGAUGGUUCUGGGCCCGUAUUCACUGGAAUUCAGAAGAAUGAGGGGUGACCUCAUUGAAAUCUAUUGAAUGGUGAAAGGUCUUGAUAGGGUGGAUGUGGAGAGGAUGUUUCCUAUGUACUCCAGCCCCACAGAGCUGAGCACAACUCAGCUGGUAAGUCAUCACUGUCGGUGUUUUAAUCUAGUCCAAGGAAUGGAUGGUCUACUCCAGGGGGCCCUAUCCUUUUUUCACCGCGGACCGGUGGGGGGGGGGGUGUUCAAUUUCAACAAUGCAUGACGGAAUGAGGAAAGGUGCAGCUGACUCGUAUCGUUUCCUCGCAGCCCAAUAGCACAUGCUUUGCUACCACUGGUCUGCUCUACCGCUUGAUGUUGUCUAACACCUCCGUGACAGGAAAUUCUGGGAGGCUGUAGUGUCUGUGGCCUUCCUGUCAUACAGACUGGCAUGGAAGGAUCUGCAUAUCCUCAACAUGUCCAUCUGCAAGCAUGCUACUAAGCUGUCCUCUUCCUUAAGGCUGUGGAUCAGGGCUCCCCUGUGAACCUUUAGGAAGAAAAAAAAAUGUGAGCAUGUCUCAUCGUUCCACAGUGCAGACCCUGGAUCGGAAGAUGAAUGUGGAGGAUUCGACAGUGAAGUGCUGGGCAUGCCAGCAUUUCACCUCUAGUAACCCCUUCCUCACCUACACCCGCUUUACCUGCACAAGAAGUUGCUGCAACUCUGGAGUUUAAACAAUUCCAUCUAAUUCUGCCUUGCUUUCUAAACCCCUCUGUGGAUGAACAGCCUCUUGAUGUUCUCCUGGGUCGCAUCCCACAAGUGAACAGGGGAAUCAAAGAUGGGAUUUCAAGGUUCUUCAACUUGCAUAUUCCCUCCUCUAAGGUCAACAGUUUAAUGUUUAGCUUCCACGACUCCUGCUUGCUUUCUGCUCCUGCCAUAGGCGACAGGAGGUGUGGAGGAAGCAGUGGUCAGAGAAGAACACUGGAGUGAUGACGGUGGAUCUGUCUGUGAAGCGUUCUGACAUAAAGAGGAAGUCAAUCCGGGAGUGGGCUGAGCCAUCUGAUUGUGGCCAUGCUCCACCGGUAGGGGUACUGAAGACAUCACAUAGCUUGGCUAUUUUAACCGCUUCCAUCAGGAAUCUGGAGGUGCCGUCCAGCCUGCCUUUAGGACUGUUGAUUGUCCAGCUGCAUCAAUGAUGCAGUUAAAGUUGCCAGCCAGGACGAUCAGUUAUUAUGUCACUAGUAGGAGUGGGAGCUACUCAUUACACAAUACAUCGACUUGUAUACCCAAUCCCUCUGGUUCCCAUCCCCAUGCCAAAUUAUUUUAAACCCUUCCCGACAGCUCUAGCAAACCUACCCGCAGGAAUAUUGGUCCGCCUCAGGUUCAGGUGUAACCAGUCCCUUUUAUAUGGAAGAGAUGCCAAUGAUGCAAAAAUCUGAAACCCUGCCACCCACACCACUCCCUCAGCCACUCAUUCAUCUGUACUAUCAUCCUGUUCCUGCACUGAGUUGCACGUGGUACUGGGAGUAAGCAAGAGAUUCCUACUCUGGUGGUCCUCCUCUUCAGCCUCCUCCACAACUUCCUAUACUCACUGCACAGGAACUCUUCCCUUUUUCUACCCAUGACAUUGUUGCCAGUGUGCAUCACAACCUUUGGCUGCUCCCCCUCCCUCUUGAGAAUGUUCUGCAGCUGUUCUGAGACAUUCCAAACACUCGUACCUGGGAGGCAGUACACCAUCCUGGUGUCUCUUUCAUGGCCACAGACUCCCCUGUCCAUUGCCCUAACUAUUGAGUCUCCUAUAUCGUUCUGCCUUACUUUACUUUCCCCUGCUGAACCUCAAAGAUGGUCACCGGGGAACCCUGUACUGACUGCGUACUCCCUUUAUUUCUCCUGGUAGUCACCAUCUAGUUCAAGUUCAAUUAUUAUUCAAACAUACAUGACUACUCAUGAUACAGCCAAAUGAAACAGUAUUUCUCUGGGGCCAAGAUGCAGAACAUACAUCACAAGGCACAUAUAGUACAUAUAAGAUAUCAAUUAAACAUGCAGUCACAAAAAAUAUAUAUAGCCCAAGUCCCUGGGUGACAUGCCCUGUAAAUUGCUGGUCCAUGAAUGUUAUCAGCAAGAACAAGCAGUUCUCAGCGGCCUGCAGACGAACGUACGCAUGCAGUCCAGCUCAUCUUCCACUGAGUGAACAGUGGAUGUCAGCACCCAGCAGAGAUGCUGCACUACAUGCCUCUCAGAGCAGCUCAGUAAAAGUCUCAUCUGAGGUUUUCAGCCUCCCGGAUGAUCCAGAGUACAUCCAGCUCUAGCCUUGUCAGUCAGGAGCACCUCCUCCUGAUGUAGGCAUCAGGGAUACUGUUAUGUUCCCUGAAAUACCACAUCUCAUGGGAGGAGCAUCCUUCUGCCUGAAUUACCAUCAUGUCUACAUUUGUUAUAUCUCUAGCUUCUCAAACUUAAGUUCUAGUCUCCACCUGUCAUCUUCUAAGCCUGUUGACCCAAAGCCUGUUCAUUCUAACACUGCAACACACACAAAAUGCUGGCGGAAUUCAGCAGGCCUGGCAGCGUCUAUGGAAACGAGUACGUUCAAUGUUUCAGGCCGAGACCCUUCAUAAGGACUGGAGAAAAAAAGAUGAGGGUCUCGGUCUGAAACGUCAUCUGUACUCUUUCCCAUAGUUGUUGCCUGGCCUGCUGAGCUCCUCCAGCAUUUUGUGUGUUGCUUGGAUUUCCAGCAUCUGCAGAUUUUGUCUUGUCAUUCUAACGCAGCCUCACUCACGCAAGGCUUCAACUCCUCCCCUGCCUUACCCCAUCUGGUUCCAAAUGUCAUUCACCUUUCUCCCAAUAGUUACCAGUCUCACCUCCUUAUCUGAAUCCAAUUUUGGUAUCACUUUGUGUUCCUGCUUAUCUCCCUCCAGCAGCUGUGACAUCUUCACACUCCCCUCCCCCAGUGUGCUCCAUCUACUUCUCCAAUUUUUUCCCCUUUCUUUGCCUCCAUCUAUCAUUCAGUCUCACAACUCAGCCCCACGCACUUCCUCUGCCUGGCACCACCUGCCUGUCAUUGUACACCCCAUCUCGGUCCACCAACCAUGUUAUACUCCUUCCUUUACCAUUCCCCUUCUCUUUAUCCCGGCCUUAUUGCCUCUCCACUCUCGGUCUCAGUGCAGGGUUUUGAUGAGAAGUCAACAAUUCCUUUCCUCCCACAGAUGCUGUUUGAUCCACAGUUCUUCGAGCAGAUUGAUUUCUCCAAGCUUAGGUUAGAAGAUGUACGGGAUUAAUGGUUAGACAUCCAUCUCAAAGACUGGCCUUAUAAAAGGUAAAUAAAAUUUAAAAAGCAGUGUUAUGUCCAGGACUUAAUCCAGGUCCCAAUGAAAGUAUGACCUGUAUCUACUCCAUACUCCUAUCAGCAUCAACAGAAUCUUACAUGCCUCUGGCUAAAUGCAAUGCAGUAGAAAUUAAACUCCAAUAUGGCGAGUCCUCAAAGUCAUUUGCUAGACCUACUUCAAUAGACGUAGAGAUGAUUAUGGACAUUUAAGUACCAGUAUAUUUCGGUGGCUAGAUAUUCAGAUGCAGCUGUUAUUUGUCUCUCUGAGAGCAACUGUAUAAAAGAUGAUGGGAUGUUAUGCUGACAUUGUAUAUUUGGAGUACUGUGUGCAGUUUUGGUCACCUACUGACAGAAAGAGUACAGAGAAAAUUUACAAAGAUUUUGCUGGGUCUGGAGGCCCUGAGUUAAAAGGAACGAUUGAAAAGUUUAGAAAGUAGAAGAUUGAGAGGGGAUUUGAUGGAGGUAUACAAAAUUAUGAGGAGUAUAGACAGGGUAAAAGUAGGUUUUUUCCACUGAGGUUGGAUGGGACUACAACCAGCUGUCAUGAGUUAAGGAUGAAAUAUGAGAAGUUUAAGGGGAACAUGAUGGAAAAUUUCUAUGCUUUUCUUUGACUCAAAGUGCGGCCAAGUAACCUCGUCUGUAAUUGAAUAAUUUACAAGGAUUUCUCUAUCUAGCCAACAUCCUGAAGCUUUUGUUCUCUUUUACAGUUUAAGGUGUGCAGAGGUGGAGGAAGCCUAUUUAAAUAAACGAUUCAGCUAAAAAGUCCUGACAGUUGGUUUCUGUGUAAUGUUUUGUACUGCCUGCCACAAGUUUACUGUGUUUCUAACCACUUAUCUCAUUCUGUUCAUCUGUUGAUUCACCUCUUCUUCAAAAGCACCUAUGCUGUACUCAAAGCACACCCACUGUGCUAACAACUUUCAUAUGAACGCUGAGAAAACACCUUUCCACUACAUUUGUGGUGUAGUUUGGACUUACCCAAAACUGGGACCCUUUCUUUCUAACCUAUUUAUUCCACUAUAAAGAUUCAGCCAUCAAAAGGCUUUAUCAAUAGGGACAUGAAAAAUGCAGGGAAUGGAGGGAUUAGUUUAAUUUGGCAUCAUGCUGAGCACGAACAUAGUGGGCAAAGGGCCAGUUCCUGUCCUACAUUCUGUAUUCUUCAAUCAUUAACCUAUUCUAAAACACUCUGUCGUUAUUCUUGAUCCAUGAAAGACAAAAGACUGAAAAGGCCAUAUAUCAACUAUAAAAGUUUCCAGAAAAUCAAUGCUGAAGAUCUACAUUUGGUGUGGAACCUCAGUCAAAAUCCAUAAAGUGAAAACUUCAGAGAUUCCGGCUGGAGGCAUUUCCCUGCUAACUACUGCAGAAAAAGUGCAGAGUCCUCCCCAGCCAUCACCAAAUGGCCAGAGAAUUACCCUGAAAAUCACUGUUUCCACCUGUAUGUGAUCUUCACUGUGUAGUAACUGAAAAAAAAGAAAUGGAGGGAGCAGAACCAUAUAUGGCCUCCAUCAAUUUCACUGGACCAUAUGUCAAUUUGCAGAAACUAUAGCACGUUGCAGAUGCAUGUACUGUCAAAUGCUUCAAUAACCUCACUGUAUCUUGUCUUCUCCCCUUAGAGUAUUAGCCAUUAAAGUUAGUUAACAGAAGGCUCAGCUGGAGUUACCAGUGAACUAACCCAAGCAGUGUAUAAAUAUUUGUUUUUCAUCUCAUACAAACACUUUGUGUUGCAUGUUUGAGCUGGUUCCUUAUUACUGAGGAGGAGGUACUGGGGAAGCUGACAGGUCUGAAGGUCACCUGGACUGGGUGGACUCGGGGUUCUGAAAGUGGUAAAUGAUCUGUCAAGAAUUACUAGUCAGGGAUAGUUUGAGAAGACUGAAUAAUUGCAAGUGUCACUCCAUUCUUUAAGAAGGGAGGGAGGCAGAAGACAGGAAAUUAUAGGCCAGCUAUCCUGACUUCAGUGAUUGGUAAAGUUUUAGGUUAGGGCUUAGGGUACUUGGAAGCGCAUGAUAAAGUAGACUUUGCAGGCAGGUUUGCAGAUGAUACAUGGAUAGGUGAAGGGGCAGGUAGUGUUGAGGAAGCAGGGAGUCUGCAGGACUUGGAUAGGUUGGGAGACUAGUCAAAGAAGAGGCAGUUGGGAUACAAUAUGCAUUCGUGUAUUGUCGUGCACUUUGGUAGAAGAAAUAAAGGCAUCAACUAUUUUCUAAAUGGAGAGAGAAUUCAGAAAAGUGCAGCAUUUCCUAAAGAUUAACUUGCAGCUUGAGUCAGUUGUAAGGAAGACAUGCAGUGUUAGCAUUUAUUUGCCGAGGACUAGAAUACAAAAGCACAGAAGUAAUGCUGAGGCUUUGGUCACACCACAUGGAGUACUGUGAGUGGUUCUGGGCCCCUUAUCUAAGGAAGGAUGUGCUGGCAUUGGAGAGACCAUAAGACAUAGGAGCAGAAUUAGGCCAUCUGGCCCAUCAAGUCUGCUCCGCCAUUCAAUCAUGGCUGAAUUUUCAAAAAAUCUCCUCCUCAACCGCAGUUCCCAGCCUUCUCCCCGUAACCUUUGAUGUCAUUUCCAAUCAAGAACCUGUCAAUCUUCACCUUAAAUACACCCAACGACCUGGCCUCCACAGCUGCAUGUGGCAACAAAUUCCACAAAUUCACCACCCUGUGGCUAAAGAAAUUUUUCAAGCAUCUCUGUUUUGAAAGGGUACCCCUCUAUCUUGAGGCUGUGCCCUCUUGUCCCAGACUCUUCCACCAUGGGAAACAUCCUUUACACAUCUACUCUGUCUAGGCCUUUCAACAUUCAAAAGGUUUCAAUGAGGUCCCCCCUCAUCCUUCUGAAUUCCAGUGAGUACAGACCCAGAGCCAUCAAACAUUCCUCGUAUGAUAACCCUUUCAUUCCUGGAAUCAUUCUUGUGAACCUCCUCUGAACUCUCUCCAAUGCCAGCACAUCUUUUCUAAGAUGAGGGGCCAAGGCGGUUCACAGUACUCGAGGUGAAGCCUCACCCGUGCCUUAUAAAGCAUCAGCAUCACAUCCUUGUACUUGUAUUCUAGACCUCUUGAAAUGAAUGCUAACAUGGCAUUUGCCUUCCUCACCACCGACGCAACCUGCAAGUUAACCUUCAGGUGUUCUGCACAAGGACUCCCAUGUCCCUCUGCAUCUCAGAUUCCUGGAUUUUCUCCCCGUUUAGAAAAUAGACCGUACAUUUAUUUCUACUACCAAAGUGCAUGACCAUGCAUUUUCCAACCUUGUAUUUCAUUUGUCAUUUUCUUGCCCAUUUUCC